AUGCGUCAUAACAAACAGCCGUAUGAAGAAACGAGAACGUGCACGGUACAAAUGAACAAAUACUUCAGAACAGAUCUCGUUCUUAACGUAAAGAAAUUUGUUGAGCUGAGCAUCAGCAAAUCAUUCUUUGACAACAACGAUAUCAAGAUUAAAGAAAAAGUUUAUGGCUUCAAACUCGCCAAAUUACUACCUUUUGAUACAACUACCGAGUCAAAAGAUACUAUACAGCCAAUGGACAAGAGCUUGGUUAACCGUAUUCGGUUUGAUACAGACUUCAAGUGUCUUUCACAAGCCAGCAUUUGCAAGUUGCACUUAACUAUCUUUUUUUUUUUUGGUUCCCGUGGUGUUAAAGAAGACAAUUUAAACGCUCACCCUGUGCAGAAUAGUCUGUCUUGUUCUUUCAAAGAAUCCGAUCAUGAUAACCAGAGCUUCUAUCUCGAGAAACAAAGAACAGGCGGAUUAGAAGGAGAAAAGUGGACCACUAAGAUAAAUAUAGCGAAGCAGCGUCUAGCAAAGUUAAGGCAUACUUUUAAAAAGGAUGAGACUUUGGAGGAGAAUGUUCCAGGAAAGAGAUUGAGUCCGUUUGAACCCAUCAUUGAGCACUUAUUUUUCAGCAAUGAUACGUCUAUAUAUUUAGAAGAUGUUAGAAAUAAGUCUCCUGAUGCCUUCACAGCUGGACAGUCAGUAUGCUCGUUAAUCUGCAAUACCCUGAAAAAAGUUCUUGCCUCCGAAAAAAACCGAUAUCACAUAAUCGCGUAUCAAAUAUAUUUCUGUAUCUUGGCAGACGACGUUAUUAAAUAUGCACGCUAUAUAAAGUCUACUCGCGCACUAUGUCCUUCAGAAUAUUUUUCAUCAUCGAAUGCACUACACCUCAAUUCAAUUGCAUUAUAUCAAUUAUUGACCCAGACUUUAGAUCAAGAACAAUCCGAACAACCAUCAAAUAGCAAUAAAAAGAAAGAGAUUGUAUAA